GUUUAUUUAUAGAAUGAUGAAUAAUUUAAGGUCUAUCUAUGAUAUGAUGUCGGAGCUUUGACUAUAAAACAUAUAUUCAAAGUGUCAGAGUGAUAUUUUAAUCAAUUGUACAGUAAAUAAUCAAUAUUUUUCAGAUGGUGUAAUAACCUAUGUAUAGCAUAUUUUUAUAAUCCGAAUGCAUUCAUUUGGAAGAGUUGUAAUGGGGCAAACUAUGAGUGAACCUGUUACUGUUAAAGCAACUGCAUGUUGUGAAAACACAAACUUUAAAGUUGGCUCUAGUUGUAUGCAAGGAUGGAGAGUCAAUAUGGAAGAUUUUCAUACUCAUAUAUUGUCAAUGCCAGAUGAUCCGAACACUGCAUUUUUUGGUGUUUUUGACGGUCAUGGGGGUGGUAAAAUAGCUGAGUAUGUAGGGAAGCAUUUACACAAAUACAUUACUAAUCAGAAAGAAUAUAAUGAAGGAAAUAUUGCGGAAGCAAUGAAAAAAGGGUUUUUAGAAAUUGAUGAUGCAAUGGCACUUGAAGAGUCUUUGAAACGAGAACGUUCUGGUACCACUGCAAUAACUGUUCUUGUAAAAAAUGAUCAAAUUUAUUGUGCCAAUGUAGGAGACUCUAGAGCAGUAGCCAGUAUUGGUGGCAGAGCAGUACCAUUGUCUGUUGAUCAUAAGCCAAAUCAAGAAGGAGAAUAUGAUAGAAUUACAUCGGCUGGUGGUUGGGUGGAAUAUGAAAGAGUGAAUGGAAAUUUAGCCCUAUCAAGAGCUCUCGGUGACUAUAUUUACAAGAAAAAUCCAAAUAAAAGCGCAGAAGAGCAAAUUGUAACAGCCUUACCAGACGUGACGGAAUAUGCUAUGACAGACGACUGGGAAUUCAUUGUUCUUGCAUGUGAUGGAAUUUGGGAUGUAAUGGGAAACCAAGAAGUAGUGGACUAUAUACGUGAGAAAAUAGUGGAAGGAUUAGAGCCAGAAAAAAUUUGUGAAAACAUAAUGAUGCGUUGCCUAGCGCCAGACCUACAAAUGGCAGGUCUUGGUUGUGAUAACAUGACAGUGCUUAUUAUAGGACUUCUUCAUAAUGAACCCUAUAAUAAACUAAGAAUAAAGUGUGAAUCAAGUGCAAGUAACAGAGAGUAUACAGACACUAAAGAAACUAAGGAAUGUGUUGAAAAUCGACAGACUGAUGAUCCCGAGUAAACGAAAAAUAUAUUUUAAUAUUCAUUGACAGGAUGAGAUGAAAAUGAUGAUGGAUUUAGUUGAGCAGGUUCACUAAAUUCGAGUUGAAUAAUUGAGAAUGUUUUUCUAUAAAUCCAAAGAUCACUUCACUCAAACACAUAUUUCGGAGACAUGUUUUCAGCAUAUUCAUUAAUUUCUAUCAAAUCUGAAAUAGUAUUAGUUUGCCAGUAAUUUUUAUUAUUAUGAAGAUAUUCUACAUGAGUAGAAUUUUAUUGCAUUUUGUUAAAUAGGUACUUCCUUAAUAUACACUCCCAAUGUAUAUAAGAUUUGUUUUUAAUAGAAUUUUUUUAUUAA